AUGGCAGCUACCCUUUGUCGUCCCGAAAAAGGUUAUUAUGAAGCUGACGUCUUACAGGAAACCAUGAAUGCUGGAAUGUCAACCAUCACACGAGACCAUAAUGUCGCCAGCUUCAACAGAAGGCGCCCACCCAUUCGAGACGGUGUCCACGUAGUGGGAAUUGCGGACUUGAAAAAAGGUCAUUCUAUUCCAGAAGUUGGUCUCGGAGAUCCUAAAGACGAUCCGAGACUCGAUCGGCCUGAUACGGAUUUAUCGUUUGAUCCAAUUAUGCGUCCGGUUUGCUCUAAAGAAAAACAAAUUAUUUACGGUGAAAUUCCGGAUAAAGGGCGUGUCGUGUAUCUAAAAAGUAGGGAGCGCACGAUACCGGAGGAGAAGUACUAUUUCAAAGAGUGUAGUGGAUGGGAGUAUGGUUGGAGGUUAAAUGAUAGCUAUUUUAAAAACAAUGCCCCAACGCACGGCCGAGUGUGGCGAUUGACUCGCGACAUAAAGAGCCGCACUGGUCCACACCCAGACCCCAAACAUUAUAAAGAUUCUGAUACACCCGCUGUCACAAAGUGUCUUACAUGA